AGGAGCAUCGUGUGUGUGUGUGUGUGUGUGUGAAUGCAUUAGCAUGCGUUCAUUCCUCCCUGCUGAAGAAUGAUGAUAGCGUUUCUAAAGAACGGAAGUAGACCAACCAUUUUGAAACCCCGCACCGCUUAGCACAAUGGAUAAGGGCCAAACGGUUAAGCUCUUUGUAGGGAACUUGGCCCUGGACACCACGCAAGAAGAACUGUCAGCCAUCUUUGAGGCGUAUGGCCAGGUGGUUAGCUGCAGCGUCUUAAGACAGUUCGCCUUUGUACACCUGCAAGGAGAGGGUGCAGCCGAACGUGCCAUCCGGGAGCUCAAUGGCCGAGAGUUUAAAGGUCGUAACAUUGUGGUGGAGGAGUCCCGAGGACGCCCGCUCCACUCAACAAAGGUGUUUGUGGGUAAUCUGAGUAGUAUGUGCACAACAGAAGACCUCCAGGAGCUGUUCCAGACCUUUGGGAAAGUUUUGGAGUGUGACAAAGUAAAAGGUUAUGCCUUUGUUCACAUGGAGAACAAGGAAGACGCAUUGCAGGCUAUCGAGGCUUUGCAUGGGACCUCUUUCAAAGGUCGACCACUAUCUGUGGAGCUUUCGAAAGUGCAGCCAAGUAAGCAAGCCCCUACCGGUAAGAUACCAUGCGUAAGCUGUGGCAAACAAGGUCACUAUGCAGGCGAAUGCCCAGCUGGAAAGCCCACCAUGGAGCAAUAUCAAAGCCAAGCAGCCGUGCUAGCUGCUGCUGCCGCCGCAGCUGCCGGUCUACCGCUGCAGGUCCAACAGAGUGUCCACAACUCUGUAUACAACACCACUACCUUUGACCCAACUUAUGCUGCACUAACUGGACUGACAGCUGCUGGUGCAAGGGCGGAAGGGGGAACAGCGGUGGCACCGGCCGUCUACGGAGCACUAGCUAGUCAAGUGUAUGGAACGGUUGCCAAUCAGCUGUAUAGCGGGACGGUUGCAAAUCAGGCACUAAACACCAGCGCUGCUGCUGCAGCACAGAUAUAUGGCUCUGUUAACCCAGCUCUGUAUGGGCAUGUGACAAGUGGUGCCAUUGCAGCCGCUGCAGCAGCAUACGGUCCACAGGUUUACACUCCCGCGGUAGGUAAUCCAGUGUACCUAAGCAUGGAGGUACCGGCAGGUGCCACUGCUGCUGUUAACCCGGCCUAUACAGUAGCACAGGCUCUCUACACUGCUUCCCCAGCUUACGGAGCUCUGGGAGCAGCUGAUCCAACAGCAAUCUUCGAAGCAGCGAGGGCUCACUACUUUGCACAAGGGCAGCAGGUGCUAGCUGAGCAGCAACAGAAUAGCUCAAAGUCAGGAGAGAGGGACAGGAGUCCACUAAGAAGAUCCGCACCUCUGUUGCCAGACCCUGUCAUGAAACCAUUUAUGUACCAGAGGGUUAAACGCAGAGCCUUGCUGCCUACGCCUGCGGGUCGAGAGGAAGCUGCAGCGCAGGAGGACGACCCUGUAGCCAGAUACUACGCUGAAUACUACCAGCAGUACCAGCAGCUGCAGCAGUACCAUCAGCUGCAGCAGUACCAACAGUAUCAGUAUGCCUACCCACCUCCCAACCCCCUCGCAGCGAUGCCCGGCCUAUCCACCCUGCCUGGUGUGCCCGCUCAGCAGGUGGCAACCCUCGACUCCCUCAGGCCAGUGCUGCCCGCCGCCCCCGUGCCUGCCGCUGCCGCCAUCGCCAUGGCAACUCCCCGCGUGUAUGAGCCUCCGCCGAUUCCGCCGUCGCACAAGGAGCCCCUUCUCCGCCGCCCCGAACUUGCCCUACACACCCCUGAAACACCCUUCCGAUAGUGUGCUCCACGUCCUCUCUGCCUCUCCUUUCCUUGUGCUGCGCGCGUGUGUGUGUCAGAAAUAAACCACAAGUGUAUGUUUAUUAAGUGUGUGUGUGCGGCUAUAGGUUUACGAUGGUGGGCAUGUUGGUUUUAACUAUAGACUGGAAUCUCUAACCUUGGUUCUGAUCACACACCCGAUGUAGUCAGGGCUGAAAAAGGGAAACUGCAUGUUAUCAUUCCUGCACACUUAACCAAUGGAACGCAUCAAUGGUCAGUUUUAUGAAAUAAGGGAAUAGUUCAGCCGAUAUCAAGAAAUAUUUUCUCACCCUCAAUCAUUUCAACCCUCAUGUUUUUUUUUUAUUCUUUUGUAAAAUCAGCAGCAUAAACGGAAUGUCUGAGCUUUGUUCACAUAACGGGAAUGUUGAAGGUGAUUUAUAUUUACAACUCCUAACAUAACUCCUAGUAAACUGCACAAGUCAUAUUGAUGACUUUAUGAAUUUUUGACUUCCUUAUUGCAACUUUGCCAUAUAAAUCACAAUUGACUUUCAUCGUAUGUAAAAGCGGAGCUCAGACAAUUUUCUGUGUAACACGAAAUAUGGGACACAAAAAAUAAUAUGGGAUCUGAAUUUAUAUGUGGGUGAGUGAAUAAAGAUCAGUCUAUUGGUUGAACGUUUCUUUGAAUUCUAUUGCCAUUUAGUUUUAAGGGGUAGAUUAGACAUGAAGCUUUUUAACUUUUUUAUUCAUAAGUGUUUGUAAUCUAUGAAUGAUAUUGUACUUGAUAUUUUUAAAUAUGGUUUAAUCUAGUUAUGUGAACCUAAUCUGUUUACGUAUUCAUAUCGUUUUGAAAAAUUCGAUUUCAAUACAUGUCAAAAGCAUUUCAAUAAGUUGAAUGUACGUUUACUCCAAAGGUGUGUGAAGUGUAGGACCAGGGUUGGACAAAGUUUUACAUGUCUUUGUGUGCGUUUCUUGUUUUUUUCUGGGAUUGUGGCGUAGCGUGUAUGCUUUCCGUUGGUUGUCACGACAGGAACGCACACGUGUACACACGCACAGGGAAACAACCUCGAUUCACACGCACAUGCAUACACAUCCCUUACACCCCAGAUGGGAGAAAACCUUAGUGAUGACCUUAAACCCGCCCCUUCCAUCCCUGUCCACCCCCAUCCUGAAAGCUGAAAGACACUGUGACUUCUCUCCCCUCCUACUUUAAUGUAGCUACUUCCAUAGACAUGAUGAUGUACGGAAACCAGAAAAGGUGUAGCUAGUCAGCUUUUGCUGGGAUUGGCCAUCUGGCCGGUCUGUCUUAUGGGAGUGUCUAUACGCUCACUGACUUAACUGCCAUGAUACAUUGCAGAAUCUGUUUUUGUAAACGUGUUUUAUUAAUGAUAUCAUGUUUUUAUAAACAGUGGUAAGGGACUCAAAUAUCCAUUUAAAGAAACAUAUUUUUUUGUUUACAGCUGCAAGAGCAAAGACAUACUUUCUUGUAGCUUUUUCACAAUGAUUGUGUAUAGUCAAAAUUCUUUCAUUUUUUCUAGAAAAAGCAAAAACAGCCAAAUUUAUAAGUAGCCUGAUGAUUCUUAUGCCUUAGUAGUGAAAUGUUUUAAAGAUUUGCUGUUUUUUAAUGUGUUCUCCUAAUGUGAAACUGGUUUAAGGCUACACAGAAGUGCUGUAUAUUCUGUGGUGCUGUGAUUUGGGAUUAAAUGAAUUGGGAGAAUCCUAUCA